AUGCCGUGGACAAAGGUCGAACAUGAGUUCAAGCACCCCCAGCUGAACUACGAUUCCCAGCCCAACUACCAACCAUACAUCAAAGUGUCUGUCUUCUUCAAGAAGAUUGACUCCAUCGACUACGACACCUUCUUCGGCCACUGGCGGACGGUUCACGCCGACCUGGCCGUCGCAACCCAGGCCUUCCGAAAGAACAUUGUGCGAUAUGCUCAGCACCAUCAAACACCUGAAAUGAAGGAGCGGGCCCGAAGCCUGGGCGAGAAUUUUCUCGACUAUGACGGGUGCGCUCAGCUUUGGGUCAAGACGUGGGAUGACUGGCUAGGAUUCUACAACAGCGCCGAAUACGCUGCGGCGUUGGGCGAUGAUUGCAAUCGGUUCAUGAAGUUGCCAAUGACUUAUAUGGUUGGUUAUGAAAAUCUGGUCGUCGGUGAUGCUUCCAAGGCUAUGGGUGGAAGUGAUGGCUUGGAUAUUAGCAAGCUAAAUUAA